AUGACGUGGGUCCUGCCGAACGAAGACGCCGUCACGCUGGGCGAGCUCCGCGGCGAGCUCUACGCCGUGUCUCGCCACGACCGCGCGCGCGUCAGCGACGAGUUCACUCGACGCGGAGGUCGUGCUCUGAAUCCUGCGCGUGUCGCCAGUACCAAGCCGCUGCGUCCGCGUGCAUUGUGGACGACAGACGAGCCGGACGAAGCGCCGGACUCGGGCGCUUGGCAGCUGUUGAAGCGCGUGCUGACGACGGGGAAAGCGCUGGUGCUGGACGAUGAACUUGUGGUGCUAAAGAGCGCUCUGGACGCUGCUGUGGACGUGGCGGAGCGGCUGGUGGAGGCGGUGACGGGGACUCGAGACACGAAGAAGAAGGAGAAGGAGGUGGAGACGAGCCAAGACUGGAGCCAGGGCGAGAGUAUCGUGGACUUGAGCUGGCACUGUACAAAGAACGUGCUGGCCGUCGCGCAGCUGGAUGGCGUGGUGGCGCUGUACCACGUGGAGAGCGCGUCGUGGGACACGCGCGUGCUGGAACAUCCGGAGCAGACGGACAUUGGCAGCAUUGAGUGGGGCAUGUACACGGGCGAGACGCUCGCUGUGGCGUGUAGUACGGGCGUGUUUCUGUGGCAGGUGCCAGUGGCUGGAAACAAAGAGCCUGUGCUGAAGGAGAUAUUGAAGCACUCGAGCAGUAGCGGGUUCCGACAAGCGAGCUGGAAUGCAGACGGGAGUUUGCUCGCUGCGCUGGGGACAAGAGGCUCUCGAUCGGCUGUCGUCGUGUUUGAUGCUAUUUUCUCGCGGCAGACGGAGCUAGAGAGCCCGUACAAGCUGAAGUCGCUGCAUUGGUCACCGACAGGCGAAUACCUGUUUGUGAUGACUGAGAACGGCGUGUCGUUGAUGUGGGAGACGCUGACGUGGAAAAGAGAGACGUGGGAGGUCGCUGCAGGUGGCUGCGGCUGGUCGAGCAAUGGACGUUGUCUCAUGGUAGCGCUUCGUGACUCUUCUCUCUUGUAUCCCUACAUUUUCCAGGACUGCCCUCCAUCAUUAGAUGCACAGAUUAGCUCGCCAGCACUUGACUUCACACCGAAGACGCUCUUUUCAUUGGACCAAAGCACCUCUGCCGUUGUUGGUGGAUUUGCUCAGAACAUCGCAUGGGACCCGAGCGGAUCCAGAGUAGCUGUGACGUACCGGACUGAAGCGAACGGCUCCCAUCAAGCAGGAGUGGUGCCGUUGGUUUGCAUCUUCAGCGUUGUUUGGCAGCCAUUCUUGAUUUUUACUCGGAGUGGUUUGUUGCGUGGCCCUCCGAACGCCGGCUUACCUCGGAAGCUUGCAUUUGCCUCGAAUUUUAAGCAUGAGUAUUCCACCGUUUCGCAAGGAUCUCUUGCCGAUGUGUGGCUAAACAUACACGCUCACGCCACGUUCACGCCACGUUCACGCCACGUUCACGCCAAGCUGCCCACGUAA